UUUUGGAAUUUGCAACUGCAUUUUAAAUUUUUAACUACCAUACGAAAGGAACUCGUAAUAAUAUCAGUAGAGACUUAAGAGGAAGGUUCAUUAUCCAAAGAAUUCAGCAAUGGCCUCCACAUCUUCUGCUCUUCCUUUCCCUCUGUCCACACCCUAUCAUCAUACAGACAACAUCAACCAUAACAAUCCCUCUCUCUUUACCAUCUCACCACCACCAAACCCCACUCUUAAAACCCCUACAAUCCGCUCUCGCCUUAGCAGACUCUGUCAAGAAGGCCAACCCCUUGUUGCACGUCAACUGUUCGACACAAUUCCUCGCCCAACUAUAGUUCUUUGGAAUACAAUCAUUAUUGGCUUCAUUUGCAAUAACAUGCCCCUUGAAGCGCUUUUAUUCUACUCUCAACUUAAAAAUGCAUCUCCUGAUACAGAAUGUGACUCCUAUACUUAUUCCUCUACACUCAAAGCUUGUGCAGAAACUGGCAAUUUAUUGAUUGGUAAAGCUAUCCAUGGACAUUUUAUUCGUGGUGUAGCAUACCCUAGUAGAAUUGUUUAUAAUUCUCUUUUAAAUAUGUACUCUACUUGUUUGUGUAACAUGGGCUACUUUUAUAAUUUUGAUUUCUCCAAGUAUGAUGUAGUACAUAAGGUUUUUAAGACAAUGCAUAAGAGAGAUGUUAUUGCUUGGAAUACUAUGGUUUCUUGGUAUGUGAAGACUGAAAAAUAUGUAGAAGCAAUUAGGCAGUUUAGGCUAAUGAUGAAAUGGGGGAUCAAACCAAGUCCAGUUAGUUUUGUGAAUGUUUUUCCUGCUAUUUCGAGUGUUGGUGAUUUUAAGAAUGCGAAUGUUCUUUAUGGGAUGCUUCUCAAAUUAGGAAAUGAAUAUGCAAAUGACUUGUUUGUUGUGAGUUCAGCAAUAUCCAUGUAUGCCGAGCUUGGUUGCCUUGACCUUUGUAGGAAGGUUUUUGAUAGUUGCUUGGAGAAGAGUGCAGAAGUUUGGAACACUAUGAUUGGUGGGCAUAUACAGAAUAAUAGUUUCUUAGAAGGAGUUUAUCUAUUUCUUCAAGCUAUGAAAACAGAGCACACUAUUCUUGAUGAUGUAACCUUUCUCUCAGCUUUAACAGCAGUGUCACAAUUGCAGUGUUUGGGCUUGGGUCAACAGAUGCAUGCCUUUACUAUGAAGAAUCAUACAGUAUUAUCAGUUACGGUACUAAAUGCAAUCCUUGUCAUGUAUUCAAGGUGCAACUCUGUCCAGACAUCAUUUGAAGUCUUUGAAAAGAUGCCAGAAAAAGAUGUUGUCUCAUGGAAUACCAUGAUUUCUGGUUUCAUACAGAAUGGAUUAGAUGAAGAAGGGUUGAUGCUUGUGUAUGAGAUGCAGAAGCAAGGAUUUAUAGCUGAUUCUGUGACAGUAACAUCUCUACUCUCUGCAGCAUCUAAUCUUAGAAACCGAGAAAUUGGAAAGCAGACCCAUGCAUAUCUUAUUAGGCAUGGCAUAAAGUUUGAUGGAAUGGACAGCUAUCUUAUAGACAUGUAUGCUAAAUCUGGUUUGAUCAGAAUAUCACAACGGGUUUUCGAGAAUAACAAUAUUCAAAAUAGGGAUCAAGCUACUUGGAAUGCAGUGAUUGCUGGCUACACGCAGAAUGGACUGGUGGAACAGGCUUUCAUUACCUUCAGACUGAUGCUUGAGCAAAAUCUAAGGCCUAAUGCUGUGACUUUAGCAUCCAUCCUUCCAGCUUGUAGUUCAUUGGGAAGUAUAAAUUUGGGAAAGCAGCUCCAUGGAGUCUCCAUUCGGUAUUCAUUGGACCAAAAUAUUUUUGUGAGAACUGCCCUUGUUGACAUGUACUCUAAAUCAGGUGCGAUAAACUACGCUGAAAGUAUUUUUACCCAAUCAUCUGAGAGAAAUUCUGUCACAUACACGACAAUGAUAUUGGGUUAUGGUCAACAUGGGAUGGGUGAGAAUGCUCUCUCGCUGUUUCACUCAAUGAAGAAAUCUGGCAUCCAACCUGAUGCAAUUACGUUUGUCGCAGUCUUGUCAGCUUGCAGUUAUGCUGGUUUGGUUGAUGAAGGCCUUCGCAUAUUUGAGUCUAUGAAGAGAGAUUUUAAGAUUCAGCCCUCAACUGCGCACUAUUGUUGUGUUGCAGAUAUGUUGGGAAGAGUUGGGAGGGUCAUUGAAGCCUAUGAAUUUGUUAAACAACUGGGUGAAGAAGGGCAUGUAAUUGAAAUUUGGGGAUCACUUCUUGGGGCUUGCAGACUCCAUGGACAUAUUGAAUUAGGAGAGGAGGUUUCCAAUAGGUUACUUGAAAUGAACUCAGUGGACCGCUUGGCAGGCUAUCAAGUCUUGCUCUCCAAUAUGUAUGCUGAAGAAGCAAACUGGGAAACUGUUGAUAAAUUGAGGAAAAGUAUGAGGGAAAAGGGGCUGCGAAAGGAAGUGGGAUGUAGUUGGAUUGAUACUGGAGGUUUACUUGUACGUUUUGUGUCUAAAGACAAGGAUCAUACUCGAUGUGAAGAGAUAUAUGAAAUGUUGGAAAGAUUGGCCAUGGAGAUGGAAGAUAAUGAUCAUAAAUCCUUGUCCUAGGUAUAUCUUUGACAUGUUGUGACGCUGGCAGACAAAUAAGAAUUGUCAAAAAACAGUUUGCUUGUGGAAAAUGGUAUUGCUGGAAAUUGCUUGAUUGCUAGCUCAGAGUUCCUAAGUACAUGGAUGAUUUAUUUGAAGCAGAUUGGUUUCGUUCCAAAAUCUUUCAUCCCAAUAUCAAAGCAAAUGAAACAUUUGUCUUGGCAUUCUUAAACAACAGUGGAGUCCUCCACCCUGCCUUUACUAUAUCCAAGGUAUUGUAAUUUAUCAUUCAUUAUUCAUUUGGUUAUUGUCAUUUACAGACUUGCAAUCUUCUUUGUUCCAUAUAAUCCAUAUAUAUGUUUGAUGCAGCCUUUGUCCAAGUUGCAAUUGCUUAAAAACUUUAUGUUCACUGUUACGAUGAUAAACUUACUGCAUUGAGACUUGUAUUAGAUUUGCAAUAAUAUCAAAAGGGGAUUCUUUUAUCUAUCCAAACCCAGAUGAUCCAUUAAUGGUGCCUGAAAUUACUCGUGUACCAGAUGGGCAUAUCCAAGUAUAUGAGACUACUGCUAGAUCCUGGACCCAGAGAUAUGCCAUGGAUUUGGGUGCUACACCUACCUGAUGGACAACAUGUGCUUUGUGUUGGACCACUUUUAUUGGAGAGGAGAAGGAGAUAAACACAGUAAACACAAUACAAAAGAAAAAAUUUGAAAGAGAGAUAUAUCACAAAUAUAUAUUUACUAUUAUGAAAGCACACAAGACACCACUUUAUCUCUUAUUAGAGAUAACUUCUCCAUUUUACCAAAUUACUAAAGCUAUUUAUAAUAGCACCUAUAUGAUUCUUUA